AUGUUUUUUGAUCUUAUAUUUCGUGUUGGUGGCCAAACAGGCAUAGACAGAAUCUUUCAAGAUGAAUUUUUUGAGUUUUCAAAAGAUAAAAAAAAGCAAUUGAUUAAUAAUCAAGAGUUCAUUAUGUAUAUAACUAAUACGAUUCGUUUUGUUCUUACCGGUUUUUGUCCAAAAGGUAGAAAAUGUGAAGAUGGAACUAUUGAUAAUAAGUAUCCAAUGGUGGAAUUAGAUAUUGACGACUAUUCUUAUAGGACCGAUAAAAAUAUUGAGUUUUCAGAUGGU